AUGUCGAAUAUACCUAUCAGCACGACAAUUUCUUCCGCUCAGUAUUCCUCAGUCGAUAAUUCUAAAACAAUAGCCAAUCACAUUACGAUAUUUGAAAAGAACGUGUAUUUGGGUCCAGUCUAUUGCAUUAAUUUCUCUAAAAUUGUGCCAUCCAUUCUUUAUGCAGGAAUUGGUCCAAAACUUCAUAUCUUUGAGACUCAAUCCGGGAAAGAAAUUGGAAGCAUUGCUAUCUUUGAAAAGGGAGGAAGUAUUAAAGGAAUUAAAUUUAUUUCAUGUGGCAAACCUGAGGGACAGAGUUUGGACCUUCAACACAUUGAUUCGUUAUCAUCAUCAUCGUUGCCACAUAAUACUAAUUUUAUCAUCGAAGAGUUUAUAAUUUAUGGACAGAAACGAUUAAAAAUUGUUCAAUUAUUGAUAUCUUUGACCAUGGAUGAGCAUGAUUCCUCUGUGAGCAUGGCUCGGGUAGAACAAUGUCAAAUAUGGAAUUUUGGAGAAAUGUGUGAUUGGAUUCUUGAUGUGCUGAAUGUUCCAAUCAAUAGUAAUUAUUAUGACCAAACUCAUACCCAAUUCACCAUGAAAAGUUUAUGUGUUGGCUAUGCUCACAACUUUAUUCAAAUACUUUCAUAUGAUGAUACAAUUUUGAAAACAACCAAAGAGGAAUUUCGAAAAUUCAUGCAUGAGAACAUUUUCAUUACACAACACUCAGGGAAAAUACAAGAAUUCACCCAAAAUAUGACUCUUCUCAAAACCAUCAAAUCCUAUCCAAAUUGUUUACUCUAUUCCAUGGCUCUCUUCUUCAACAGGAAUUACACUAGCUUACAGGACAUUGACUCCACUACAAAUCUUAAUUCCAUUUUAGAAAAUAUUCAUGUUGCUUCUGGCACAGUUUUCAAUACAGUAAUUAUUUGGAAUUGCAAAAAUAAUACCAAAGAUACGGUCAUUCAAAUGAAAGGACAUAAUGGUGUCAUUUUUCAUGUGGAAUGGUCAGAGGAUGGAAAACAAUUAUGUUCCACCUCCGAUGACAGAACACUCAUUCUUUGGAAAUUCAACAAACAACCUCUCCAAGAUUCUACACAUAAUAGUUCAAUAGACUCUAACCAAACCUUAGAAACAACACAAGAAUCAUAUACCAGCGUUGUCUUUUAUGGACACAAUGCUAGAGUUUGGCAUUGCAAAUUCACAAAACAUUUCAUCAUAUCGGCAAGUGAAGAUGCAACAAUUCGAGUGUGGGAUUAUGAUGGAAAUUGUGUCUCCACUUUGCAGGGUCAUAUUGGAAGAAAUGUUUGGAGGAUUGACAUUGACUCAAAACAACAAGUCAUAGCUAGUGGAGGAGGAGAUAGCUCUGUAAAAUUGUGGUCCCUAAAGAAAAUUCAAGAUUAUGCCAUCAUUCAUCACAACUUUGAAUUACCUCAAAUGACAGUUUUACCAAAUCAAUCCAAAAAACAAGUAGACAUGGUCCGAUGUAUGCACGCCAUGAAUCAACACAUUUAUGUUGGAACGAAAAAGGGCUUUGUGUACAAGGUCAAUGUACUCAGUGGAAAAUAUUCACAAAUUUUCAACACGAGUAUGGUGUCAGGAAUGGGAUCGAUCUCAUCCAAAGAUGCUGCUCCUCUGUUAUGUGUUGUGAGAUGCUCUCCGUGUGAGCAAUAUAUUUGCAUUGGAAACUCUGUUGGCUAUUGCUGUAUUUUAGACAUUUCCACUGGGACUGUCAUUGCCAAAUUUCAAGCAAUGAGCUCGAGGAUACUUGCUGUUUUUUGGGUGAGCAAUUUGGAUGAUGAUACUUUCACAUUAUACUUUUCAUCUCCAACAGGAACAAUGAAAGCUUUUGGAAUUUCAUCUUCAAAGAGGGAAGAAGUUUCUUCAUCGAGUGAGCCAUCAUCUUCCAUGAAAGUGAAUUCACUAUCUUCUGCGUCAUGUGCUUCUGUGACAGAAGGAGCUCAUUAUUUGGUAAAGGGAAAAAUCCAAACACUAUGUGCAAUAAGAGACGAAGGCAUUCUCAUUACGGGAGAUGAUGAGGGAUUUAUUCACAUUUUGAGGGCUUCACAAAACAUUAACGGGUCUGAUGAAAAGGCACCAGAAUUUGUGAUGCGAAUGGCCCACACUGAUCAAGUGUGUGACAUUAAGUACAUUAACAGAGAGACUAUUUAUUCAGUUGGAAGAGAUGGAUCCAUCUGUUUCUACAACCUUAUUCAAGAUGAAAAUACUGGACUGUUUACAUUAGUGAAACAUCAACAGGAAAGGCUGAAAAGUAUCAUGACCAAUCUCGAUAGAAUUUUCAUUUCCUAUCGCAUGCAAGAUAGUGCUGAGAAAACAGCGUUCCAAGUUGUGUCGGAUGGAUGUGACUUUGCGGACACAAUUCCAGCCUCAACAUUCAACAAGAUGGAGACUGAAAUUAUAUUAAUUGGAUUUUAUGGGUCGCACAUGAUUGUCUACAAUUAUACCAAGAGAUAUCGAAUUGCCUCCUGUAAAUGUGGAGCUUCGAGAGGAAUUUAUGAUUUUGUUUACACAAAUUUAUAUGACACACCCCAACUUGUUUGUUCUGCUUCAUUCUUUAGAGAUUCUCUUAUCAUGAACUUUACAGAGAAAAAACAAGAGAAAGACUUGUCUUUAUUUAAAAAUCAGACUCCGUUUAUCCUAUUUCAUGGAAGAGAGGUAUUAAAUGCAACUCAUUGGAAAUCGAACAAUGGCCUUCGAAUAGUCACAUGUAGUGAAGACACUAAAAUCAGAAUAUUGUCAUAUGGCGAGGUGAAUACCUCACACGAGACAUCACCUAUUGAGGAAAACUGCAAUAAUAUUUCAACACUUGCAAUAUUGAACGCCCACGAAAGUAGUGUAAAAGAAUUAUCUUUACUCGAUUAUGGAGAAAAUUCUAAAAUUUUAAUUUCAGGAGGUGGAAAAGAACAAUUUGCAAUUUGGAAAAUUGAAGAACGUGACACGACAUCUUCUAUCACUACGGACCUGUUGCUUAACAUUAAUUUAACGAGUCAAUAUCUUUCUCUCUUUCAUCCUCAAAUUUAUCAAGAUUUUAUGAAUCGCGAGUCGACUCAUCAUCCACAACACUCUUUCAAAACCUACCACAUGAAAAACAAAUCGCGAAUGGAUAUCAUUAAUUUUAGAAUUCUGAGUCUUGAUGCAUUCUUUUGUACUACAAAUUUGGAAGAAUUGAUCAUUCUUGUGGGUAGCAGCGAUGGUCUUGUGAAAGUUUUUUCAACUCAAAAGCAAAUGAGAAAAUUGAAACCCAUCGCACAUUCAUUCCUUCAUAAUGGUCCAGUACUGUCACUUGCUACUAUUCCACUUGAACAUGAUAGACGGUUGAUUUUUUCAGGAUCGACCAAUGGAAAACUCUAUUGUUGCAUGUUGGAUCAGAAACAUAUAGAGCAUUGUGAGUCAGAAUUGAAUUUCAAAUUGACUUUAAUUGAGCCAUUCUUUAAGUGUGACGUUCAUCAAUCAGGAGUGAAUUGCAUGCAUGUUCAUCAUUUGGAAAAUGAUCCCUCCAUCAUUCACGUGUGUACAGGAGGCGACGAUCAAUCUGUGAAUUUGGCAAUUUUGAAAUUUGAAAUGCUGAGCCAACAAUUAAGACUAGUAUCGAACGUGCAUUUGGAGGGAGUUCAUAGUUCAGCCGUGAGUGGAGUUUUUUCCACUCCAACAAUUCUCUCAGAGAAUAUUCAAGAUCAAUUGAAUCUUGUCGUAUCUAUUGGAAUUGAUCAACGCCUUAAUGUCUAUUCAGUUUCACCUCAAAGAGAGACUUUUGAGAUAAUUGCAUGCUGUAUGAGUGAAGUGAAUAACAUUUCCCACAUGCACGUCAUUGAGGAGAAGGAUCAUUUCAAAGUAGUCAUUGUUGGUAUUGGAAUGCAAAUCAUCUCAAUCCGAAAGGAGCUCAUUCAACACCGCUUGAAAAACAUCAAUUAG